CCCCAUUAUCAAUUAUUAUAAACAUCAUUUCUUGUUAGUCUUGGUUUCAUUUACGUCAUAGCUAAGUUUUAUGCAGCUAUAUCAUAGAUAUCAAGCUCUGUUUCUUUCUUAUUCUUUCUCUUUCUAAACAUGUCCGAUUUACCACCGCAUAAAGGCGAAUUAACUCCCAAACUGCAAGAGCAGUCUACGCUGAUGGAUAGUUAUCCAGACUAUUCCAACCCAUAUGCAUAUCCACCCAACAAUAAUAACUCAUCUAUAGAUCACUACAGUAGUUCAACAACCGAUCCACAGCUGCAAAAACUAAAGAGCUCCAUUUGGAAAAAGGCAGGCCAGAUACAAUCAGCCAUUGGCGGCCUAGCUCAAAUAGAAUCAUGGAGACAGACUGGACAAAAGAUAGAAGAAGAAGCAGAAAGAGAAUAUAGAGAGGCAGAGGAAAGGAUGAACCACGGAGAACCAAGCAGGAUUCAUGGUGAAUACAAUCGUCUGAUGGGUUUCAUGUCUUAUGCUGUAGGGCAUAUCGCCGGAGAUCCAGAAAUGCAAGCAAGGGGCGGACAAAGGAGUCGAGAAGGAGAGGAGGAGAUUGACAAGAGCCAAUAUUAAUAAAAUUAAGCAAUUUAUUUUGUCUUUUGUGAGCCUUUACUCUUGGAAGUUGCCUUUAAAAAGAAUGCGGUAAUGACCGAGACGCCAGCAACUAAGACGGCAGCAGGCAGAUAUAUGGAAUACUCGUGAGGAGGAAAGUAAUCUUGAAGUGGGUUAGUUUCUUCUAAAAAAGGCUAUAUUCUAA